AUGGUGUCAGCUCCAACCAGGAAAUCAGACUUGGUGGUAUCUCUGACACCUUCAUCUGGCAGAGCUGUCACAUCUAUUCCAGGAUCAUCAACAUCUCCCUCCAAUGCAGCCACAGCACCUGUGACACCUCCAUCCAACACCACCACCACAUCAUCUUCAUCCAAGACACUGGGAUCAACACCAUCUUCAUCCAAGACACCAGGAUCAACAGCAUCUCCAUCCAACACACCGGGAUCAACACCAUCUUCAUCCAACACCACCACAACACAGUCUUCAUCCAAGACACCAGGAUCAACAGCAUCUCCAUCCAACACCACCACGACACAGUCUUCAUCCAAGACACCAGGAUCAACAGCAUCUCCAGCAUCUCCAUCCAACACCACCACGACACCAACUCCACCCAAGACACUGGGGUCAACAGCAUCAACAGCAUCUCCAUCCAACACCACCACGACACCAACUCCACCCAAGACACUGGGGUCAACAGCAUCAACAGCAUCUCCAUCCAACACCACCACGACACCAACUCCACCCAAGACACUGGGAUCAACAGCAUCUCUAUCAACAGCAUCUCCAUCCAACACCACCAUGGCACCAUCCCCAUCCCACCCAUCUGUGCCCAGAUCCACAGAGCAUCCAUCCAACUCAACAGCAGCACCAGCCCCAUCCUCACCUAGACCUUCUGGACCUGUUCCCAACUCCUCCACACUCACUGUGAGCCCUGGUCCCAACAGUACCUUGGCCACCAGCUUGAGAAUGACACUGGCCAUCAACAGCUUGGAUCAAUCCUCCACCCAGCUGAGCUCUGGGGUGGUCAUCAUCAUCUGCCUCUUCGUCUGUGUGCUGCUGGGAGCAGCAGCAGUGCUGCUGGUGAGGCUGUGCCGGCGUGGGACCCCCCGAUUCCACCACCUGGACGAGGUGCCCAUGAGCAAAGUGUUGGAUGAGUCCUCCAUCCCCCACCCCACGCCCAG